AACAAUCUUAGGAUGAGUUUUCUCCGUGAGGUGGAGAGCUUUAAAACAGGAAAGCUAAAAUCCGUCAAUACUACGGUCACCACAGCAGAGGGAAGGAAGUUUCUAGAACGUAAGAGUGGAAAUGGGAGUAUCAUCACUGUAGAUACUGGAGAGCAUGGCUUAGGAUUUUGCAAGGACCUCUCACCAGAUGACAAGGUUUACAAUGUACUGGACAACUUAUUUAUAAGCUCACAAGAAGGAGCCAGAAAUUUGGAAGAACUUAAACAAAAUAACAUAACUCACAUAUUAAAUGUUGGAACAGGAAUAGAGAAUGCCUUUCCAAAGGAGUUUGAAUACAAGACUGUUGAGAUGCUGGAUUUGCCAGAAACUCCCAUUUGUCAAUACUUCCCAGGGAUGUUUGAUUUUAUAAUUAAUGGCUCUAAAAGUGGGGCAGUGCUUGUUCACUGUAAUGCUGGUGUGUCUCGUUCUGUGACUGUCAUUCUUGGAUACUUGAUGUUUUCAAAAAGAUUGCCAUUGGAAGAGGCCAUGGAGAUUGUUAAAAAAGCCAGACCAAGUGCAAAACCUAAUGAGGGAUUUCUCCAUCAAUUACAAGACUACCAAACACGGCUUGACCUUUCUUAAAAGAAAGCGAGAAACAAUCUUACUGAGUUGUAAUAUCACAGUUUGAAUUUUAAUUCUCGUUUUAAAGAAUUAAGGAUAAAUAUAAUUACUACAGGAAAAGUGAGGAAAAGAAACUUUCUUUCCUUAUCCUAAGAAAUAAUCAAAAUGUUUUUAUUAUUAAAGAAGUGAAAUUUGGUA